AUGGUCGCUUUUACUAAAAUUGCAAUUGCAGCUGCUUCAACAUUAUCUGCAGUUAAUUCACUUUCCCUUUUUAAUGAGUAUGUCGAUCGUGCACUUGCCAUCUUCAAUACACCCGACGAACUCUAUUCCCAAUACGACACUCAACAACAAAACUUCUUUCACAUUCAAAAAGAAGCUCACGUUAAUGAUGAUACUAAACCAGUACCUGGGAAAUCACCAAUUGAAGUCUGUGACUAUUCCACUAAACAACUUUUGACCCUUGACGAAAUCACUAUUUCACCUAAUCCACCAGAAGCUGGUGCCAAUUUGACAUUCACCGCCAAAGGUACUAUUGACAAGACCAUAACAGACGGGGCUUAUGUUGAGGUUGAUGUACGUUAUGGUUUCAUCAAGUUAAUUCAUCAAACUUAUGAUAUUUGUAAGGAAAUCACCAAAGUAGAUUUAGAAUGUCCAAUUGAAAAAGGUAAACAAGUCAUUACUAAAGAAGUUGAAAUCCCCGAGGAAGUUCCACCUGGAAAAUAUUUGGUUACUGCUAGAGCAUUCACCAAAGAUGACGAGUAUAUAACAUGUUUGACUGCUACAAUUGAGUUUCCGUACCAAUAA